AUGUUGAUGCGGUUGUUGCGAGUUAUCUCUUUGGCCGGGGUGGUCUUCGGCGCUGAUGUUUUGCAAUUAAGUUAUUCAGAUGACAAGAAGAACACUAUUCCGUUAGGAACCUUUGAAAUCGACAGCACAGGCAGUGGAAACGUCACAGUCACAACUGUUGAUUUGCGAGACGUCCAAGUGGCCGGAUCGUACUGCUUAAAUGCAGAAAUUGAAGGUAAACUAGAUAUGCCAUGUUUCAGCUACAUGAAACUAGAGACGCCAUUAAGAUACGAUUUGAUUGUGGAUGUGGACGAAAAUGAUGCGGUCAAUCAGGUCUCUCUUUCAUACAAUGACAAGAAUGACGCAAUUGUUGGUGUUGUAAGGUACCCAGAGGAAGGGGCAAGUGCACCAGUGGCUAAAUUAAAGAAAAAGACCAAGACUUAUGCUGACAAGAAAGCUAGUAAUAGCAAGGAUGGAAGCACUGCGCAAUUUGAAGAAGAUGAAGAAGUUAAGGAGGUUUCUUGGUUCCAGAAGAACUGGAAAAUGUUAGUUAUUGGUUUAUUAAUCUAUAACUUCGUUGCGGGUUCCUUGAAGAAACAAGCACAAACCGGUGAAGCUAAGAAAGACUGA